AUGUCAGAGUUAAGGACGUUGAAACAAAAACGUGCCAGAGCCAAAGGAAAUAUAACAAGGAUGAGAGAUAGAGUGCAGAGCGAAGAAGGAAUAUCUAAAUACGAAGCGGAAGCUCGACAGCUCAAACUAGAAGAAUUAUGGAAGCAAUUUGAGGACCUUCAAUUGGAGAUCGAGAUGAAAAUGCAGCCGUCAGAAGACAGAACGCAAGAGCAAAUAGACUUGAUAAACUACGCAGAAAGGGAAAUUGUUGAAACUGUAUACUAUGAAACAGCAGCGAAAAUUCGUGAAAUUGUGGAGAUGGCUCAAAAUCGGAACGAACAAGAACGACAGGUACCUGUAGUAGUAGCGGCUGAGCCUCGAGCAGAAGAACACAAUGUGAAAUUGCCAAUACUCAAGAUACCGGAAUUCAGAGGAGACUAUGACCAGUGGUUAACGUUCAAAGGCUUAUUCAAAUCUAUGUUUCACGAGAACAGAAAGUUAACAAGCGUACAGAAAUUUCAAUAUUUGAAAAGCUCAUUGCAGGGCGAAGCCUUACAGAUUAUUGGCGGAUUUGAGAUCUCGUCAGAAAAUUAUGAACCAGCGUGGGAAUUAUUAACUAGCACGUAUGACAAUAAGAGAUUGUUGAUAAAUACGCAUAUGAAUAGAUUAUUAACUUUUCCAACGGUAGAGAAAGGCAAGUAUGCUACUAUUAAGCAAAUAAUAAUUCAUGUUCGAACGCAUAUAAAAGCCCUCAACGUGUUAGAAUUACCUGUCGAGCAUUGGGAUGAAUUGUUGAUUCAUUUGAUAAAGGAUAAACUAGAUUAUGUAACGCAGAAAAACUGGGAAGAGGAGACAAGGCGAAGAGCAGAAGAAAAUAGGCCUACGUUAGAGGACUUUCUUCGAUUUUUAUCUGAAUAUGCACGAACAAUGGAGUUAAUCGAUAAUGGCAGAUCCAAAUCGGAAACAGCUAAGCAGCUUACCUCGAACGCGAGAAUGAUCAAGAUGGAAAAGAGAGUGAACGUGGCCACAACGUCAAGGGAAACAUGUGACAAUUGUAGUGGUCCACGUCGCUUAUUUAAAUGUGAAGAAUUUCUGAAGUUAUCGAUACCGAUGAGAGCCGACAAAGCACGACAAUUAAGAUUAUGCUUAAAUUGCUUUGGUAAAAAGCAUUUUUCAAAAGAAUGUUAUUCAGGAGCAUGCAAGAAAUGCGGUGCAAAGCAUAACACACUGCUACAUAGGGAAGAAUCCAGUGCCAAGGCAGACGAGGAUAAAAAGACGUCUCAAGGUACAUCGGAUGCAUCAGCACUCACAGUGACAGUCUACACAGAACAAAAUUCAGAUCAACGCAUUCAGGACAAAACAAAUACGGAGAACAAGCUCAAUAUUCACAUUGCCAAGAGCGAACAAUCGCAUGUCAUAUUAUCUACGGCUCAAGUGUUAAUAGAAGACAUAAAUGGAGAAAGGCAUCUCUGCAGAGCACUAUUGGAUCCGGGAGCACAGACAAAUGUAAUAACAAGAUCAUUGUUCAAUAAAAUGAGAUUGAAGACAAUCAAAACAAGCCAGAUGAUCAGCGGUAUAAACGGUGAAAGAGUUAAGUAUACGGAAUUGGCGAGAGUCAAAAUAAAAUCAGUACACACCAAAUUUGAAACAGAAAUUGAAUGCGUCAUUAUGCCGACGAUUAUUGAACAAUUACUUCAAGUUAAGUUGGAUAAGAAACUUAUACCGAUAGCUAAAGACAUGCAAUUAACAGACCCAGAGUUUCACGAGCCGAAUAACAUCGAUCUACUCAUCGGAGCUGGCUUAUUUUGGCGCAUCUUCUGUAGAGAAACCAUGCCACAACAAACAGGGGUACCAAGCUUGCAGAAAACAUUGUUUGGUUGGAUCAUCGGAGGAGAGCUGCAGGUAGGAAAAGUUACAAGAACGGAGAAGGUAUGUGGAAUAUUAGCGGAUGUUACCCUGAAGGAGCAGUUAGAACGAUUUUGGAAGGUGGAAGAGAUAUCGGAAAUUUGUCAGCCUACGGAAGAAGAAGUGGAAUGCGAGGAGAAUUUCAAGAAAACAGUAGAAAGAACAUCUUCCGGAAGAUUCAUAGUAAGUUUACCAAGGAAGCAGAACGUUUGCUUAGGGGAGUCGAAAGAGCAGGCAGAAAGAAGAUUGUUAGCAGUAGAGAAGAAAUUCAAGAAUGAUUCAAACUGUAAAGAGGAAUACAUAAAAUUCAUGGCAGAUUAUGAAAGCAAGGAGCAUAUGUCAAGGAUAUUAGCAUCAACGGAGGAGCCGGAGGAGAUAUGUUGGUUGCCUCAUCAGGCAGUGUUUAAGACGGAUGGCUUGACUAUCAAAAUUCGGGUAGUUUUCGACGCAUCAUCCAAGACGUCAAACGGUCAGUCAUUGAAUGAUAAACUUCAAGCCGGACCACACUUGCAGAAUGAGAUGUUUGACAUCCUUUUAAGAUUUAGAACACAUCAGUUUGUAUUUAGUGCAGAUAUUGAAGCCAUGUACAGACAAAUUCUAGUAACAGAAAGAGAUCGACACCUCCAGAGAAUAUUGUGGAGAUCUGAAUCAACGCAACCGAUGCAAGCCUACAGCUUAAACACCGUGACUUAUGGAACAACUGCCGCACCUUUCUUGGCGAUAAGAUGUCUACGCGAAUUAGCACAGCAAGAGGAUGAUUUAUUAGAAGCAGCAAACGUGGUAAGACACGAUUUUUAUAUGGAUGAUGUGUUGUCAGGAGCAGCUACAGAAGAGAAAGCUAUCCAGCUACGCAAAGAAGUAACAGAAGUAUUGAAGAAAGGACAAUUUCGACUAAGAAAGUGGCGAGCGAAUCAUAAGAAAAUUUUGGAAGAUAUCAAAGAAGAGGAUGAAAACGAUAAGUUUUUAAAACUAGACAAGGAAGGAGCACUAAAGAUUCUCGGAUUACUAUGGGAUGCAACAACGGAUACAAUACAGUACUCAGUGAGCAUACCAGGGCCAGCCACUGUAACACGAAGAAGCAUAGUAUCUCAGGUCGCACAAAUUUUUGACCCGCUGGGUCUUCUUGGGCCAAUUUUAAUCAAGGGCAAAUGCAUCAUGCAGCAGACCUGGCAAAUUCCCAUUGGAUGGGAUGAGCCUCUACCAAAAAUAAUACAGGAGCAGUGGCAAGAGUUCUAUGAUGCUUUACAAGAGCUCAAUGAGUUUAAGGUCAUGCGAAACUUAAAUCCAGGUAACCAAUCUCAGGUGUUUGAUAUCAUGGGUUUCGGAGAUGCCUCCGAAAAAGCAUACGGAGCGUGCCUCUAUGCUGUAUCAAAAAAUAAGGAAGGUAAUACACAGUCUUUUUUAAUUUGUUCAAGAAGUAAAAUAGCUCCUUUGAAAACUAUCUCACUACCAAGGUUGGAAUUGAAUGCUGCGCUCAUACUAGCUAAGUUAACUGCUACGGCUAUACGUGCAUUUGGUAACAGAAUUAAAGAAAUUCAUUUAUGGAGCGACUCUAGCAUUGUGUUACAUCAGAUAAACACUAGUCCCAACUUAUUGAAAACUUAUGCAGCAAACCGUGUGACAAAAAUUCAACAGGCCGUGAAGAAAGCAACUUGGCAUCAUGUGCCAUCAUCGGACAAUCCUGCGGAUGUCCUGUCCCGAGGGUCAUCAAUUGAAGAAUGGAAACACAGCAAGCUUUGGUGGCAUGGCCCUUGGUGGAUCGAUAAUCCGAAAGAGUGGCCGCAGCUGCCGCAACAAGAGGAAGAAACGAAGCGGCUGGAGUUGAAGAAGGCGCUAGCAGCUGUGAGUAUUCAAUCACACGAGGAUAUUUUAGGAAGAUUUUCCUCAUACGACAAGUUAUUGCGAGUCAGUGCAUACUGUCUACGUUUUAAGAACAACUGCAAGCAACCAAGAGCUAAAAUAAUCGGACCAUUGACAGUGCAAGAAUUGAAUCAAGCAGAAAUUGUAAUUAUUAGAUUAGCACAGGCAAAAGCCUGA